UUUCUAUUAUUAUUUCAUUAUUUGAUCCAUUCUUCACCGCGGUUGCUUCUCUCAACGGCGUUUCCUUCAUUCAAUACUCUAUAAUAGUAAAAGAACCGAAUCGUGCGGAUCUCAUGGAGGCCCACGGCGGAGGGCUCCGCCGCAUCCUGCUCCUCGCCUUCUGCGUCGCCGGAAUCUGGUCGGCCUACAUCUACCAAGGCGUUCUGCAGGAAAACGUGUCGACCAAGCGAUUCGGUCCGAACGGUGAAAGGUUCGAGCACCUUGCGUUUCUGAACUUGGCGCAGAGUGUGGUGUGUUUAAUCUGGUCGUUUAUAAUGAUAAAGAUAUGGUCCAGUGGAAAUUCUGGUGGUGCUCCUUGGUGGAGUUAUUGGAGCGCUGGAAUUACCAACACCAUUGGUCCCGCUAUGGGAAUUGAAGCUUUGAAGUAUAUUAGUUACCCUGCUCAGGUGCUGGCGAAGUCUUCCAAAAUGAUUCCAGUUAUGUUGAUGGGUACUCUAGUAUAUGGGAUAAGAUACUCUCUUCCAGAAUACAUUUGUACAUUCCUUGUUGCUGGAGGGGUAUCAACAUUUGCUCUUCUAAAGACGAGCUCAAAGACAAUCAGCAAGCUGGCACAUCCAAAUGCUCCCCUUGGCUAUGGGUUAUGUUUCCUGAACCUUGCUUUUGAUGGAUUUACCAAUGCUACCCAGGAUUCUAUAAAAGGAAGGUAUCCAAAAACAAGUGCUUGGGGUAUUAUGCUGGGCAUGAAUUUAUGGGGAACCAUAUACAAUUUGAUUUACAUGUUCGGAUGGCCCCAUGCCAGUGGAUUUGAGGCAGUUCGAUUCUGCAAACAGUAUCCAGAGGCAGCAUGGGAUAUUUUUCUCUAUUGUUGCUGCGGUGCUGUUGGCCAAAAUUUCAUCUUCUUGACCAUAAGCCGGUUUGGCUCUUUGGCAAACACUACCAUCACUACCACCCGCAAAUUUGUUAGCAUUGUGAUAUCUUCCGUAUUGAGUGGGAAUCCCCUGUCAACAAAGCAAUGGGGGUGUGUUUUUAUGGUGUUCUCAGGAUUGUCUUAUCAGAUCUAUCUCAAGUGGGAGAAGUUGCAGAGAUUGCAGAAGAAAAGAAAAGCCAUGUGAAGCCUUCAGCAAUUUUGAAGUCAACGUUAAUACUAUCCUAGUUAAUUUGCCCCCUUACUAAAACCUUGAAGGUUUAAUGAACCGGAUUUAGGUUUAAGCAAAAAAAAAAAUAUAUAUGUAAUUUUAAUUGAUAGAUACUUUCCGAGAAAAGUUCAAAGUUUAGUAACCAUUUUCUCAUUCCUUUUGGAUAUUUUUAGUUGCCUGCAUUUUACUGAAAUGCUGGAUUUAGUUUGAGUAUAAUACUAAGAUAAAGUUAUACUCUCUGUAAACAUGAUUGUCAGAAGAUCACAUCACCUCGUUUGUUUAGAGAUCAUCACAGUAUCGUAUGAACCCCAAAAUUAGCUUUGCUAAAUUGUUUUGCUGGUUUA